GGGGCUGAAAACAUUCACCCAAUUGUACAUUAGCACCAGGGCUGCUGCCAUACAAACUCACCGCACAACUAAAUAAAGGUCCGCUAGUUUGUUUUUUCCUUGAUGUUGGCCACAAGCUGAAGAGAGAGGGGGCAAACUGAAAUUCUAUCAGGUGAUCUACUUGAAAUAAUCUUGGCUUUAACCGCGUUGUGAGUUUCACCACUUUCCCACCCCCCCCCCAGUGGGACUCCAGGUGCUUAACCUCCCUCCUGCCAGUUCUGCAUGGUCAUGACCUGUCAUCACGCCACUUCCACAGCCCACCUCAUCCUAUUGGUCCUGCUCAUUGUCACUCAACAUCUGGCUGGUACUGCCCCUGCGUGGGGUGAGGGAGGGGUGGAGGGGCGCACCCGGACAGACCGUAGAGAGGACAACCUCGCCCCCUUUCUCUUGCCCCCACCCCAGAGCCUCUCCAGCCCUGACAACGGUUUGCUAGACCAGGGCCAGGGCCCAGGUCAAGACAACCAAUCAGAUAAAGUGAUGGACCCUGCGCAGGUGCUCGCUGUGCUUUUGGAGGCCCUGGACCACCCAGGGGAGAGUGCAAUCCAGACGAGCAGAGACAGAGUCUGGGAAGACGAUGAGAGUCAGAAACUGCCCUCCAUUGAAGGCGUGGUGGGUGGUGAGAUAAGAAGAACAGGGGAGACAGAGGGAGAGUGGGGGGUGGAGGAGGAAGAGGAGGAGGGGCGAGGGGCUGAUAAGGUUAUUGAACAGCUAAUUGUAGGCCAUUUGACAGCUGCUCAGGGUGAUGACUUAAAGGAAAGGGAUGAGGAAGAUAAAAACACAAGGUCGGAGGAGAAUCAAGGGUGGUCUGUGGAGGAUGUGGGAGCUAAUAGUGUAAACGAGAAAGAAGGAAAAGAGGAAGAUGAGGGGCAGGAGGAGGGAAAUAAUUUAGAAAGUUUGUUAAAGAAGGCCAGGCCAAGUUCUGCCUUACAGGGUGAUGAUCCAUCUUUACAACGCAAAAUAAGAGGCUACUUCCAAAACAUUGACUUGGGUCUCCAAGAUAAUGAGAUCCUGCCUCCUCUGAAGGGCUACAAAGCAUACAACACUCAGCUCGCACGAGCCGGAAAGAAGCUGCACUGGGAGGAGAACCAGGACCGCAACCGACCCGUCAAUGGGGGCAACUUCAUGGAUGACUUUGAUGAUGAAGGAGAGGAGCUGGAGGAGGAGGUUGAAGAAGAAGAGGAGAGCCUCUCCCACAUGGAAGAGGAAGCAAGAGCGCGCGCAGAGAAACAGGAGGUUCUUCGGCAGCAGGAGGAGGCGGAGCGAGCCAGAGAGGAGGAGCAAAGGCUGGCAGACAUUGCCUCCGACAUGCUGCUGCAGUACAUGGGGAGGAAGCAGCAGUCCUACAUGAAGCCCCGGCAGAAAAGCAGCAUGGGGCCCGCCAGCAACACUGCUGAGGACAAGCGCUCCGAGGAGGUCAUCCCCGACGAAGAUGACGUGGACCAGCAAAUGAUCGAUAGGCUGAUUGAGAUCAGCAGCAAGCUCCACCUGCCUGCUGAUGAUGUCAUUGAGAUUAUUAGUGACGUGGAGGAGAAGAAGAAGAAAAGGAAAGAGCUGCAACAGUUGCCAAUCAACAGCAACCCUGUAGCCCCGCGCUUCAGGCCUCUGGUACCUCCUCCUCUGGCUGCUCCGCCUAUCUACCACUACACCGCCUCAAAAAACCCAAAGAAAGCCCCUUAUAGAUACAACAAGUCCAACAAGAAAUGGCACAAGGACAACGUCAUGUCAUAUAAGCAGGACUAUUGGUAUAAGCCCCAGAAGCAGCUUGACUACUGGUAUAAACCCCAGAAACAGUUUUUAGCCUUCCCCUCCUAUCCAUACUACCAGAAGCCAUAUCGAGCAUACUACCCUGUUUAUUUCCCAUAUCCCAAACCACAAUAUUAUGGCAAGCCCUCCCCCUCCAGAGACCAGCCGUUCGGCCCCCAGGAACUUGACCUCCAGCCCCCAAGGCGCAGGCACAGGGCUGGGGGUAAGAAUCGCGGACAGGGCUGGAGGCAGCAGCCAGUGCCGCGCCUUCCUCCCACCCCUUAUAUCUCUAACUAUAUCCUGCCUCACCCACGGACCUACCAACCCCUACCUCCGCCCAAACCAAUAACCACACCCAGGAGAGGAAGGCGACCCCCGUACUACUAUCAACAAGUCACACCGAGAGACGACUACGAGGAAGAUGGGCUGGUGCCUCAGUUGGACAGUGAGGAGGAACUGGAAAACUUUAUUGAGAGGAUCUACAUGAAACGCAGAAUGUAUUGAGAGACUUUUUGGACAUUCGUCAGAUCAGAUGGACUGACAAGAGGUGGGAUAGAUAUACAGUAGCUGGAGAAAAGCUAAAUGAGAGGGCGGGAAAAAGAUUCGGGGGAGAUAUGUGUUUUGAGCCUGAUGGAAAUUGAAGGGUCCUGAAGUAAAAUGUUCGAGUUAUGUUGUUUUAAUCACUGUAUUUCUUUGCUGAUUUUCUCGGUCAGGGAGAGGAUGAAGCAGUCCCAGUUUAAUCUCCCUGUAACCAUGUUUAGCCUCUUGCUCAGUUUACAUUUUGAAACAGAACAUACCAUGGUGUAUGUCUGCCUCCAUUCAGGUCAAUUUCUGAAGCUCUUGCAUUGUUCAGAGAUUUCUAGAGGACACACACACACACACACACACUCACACACACACACACACGCACACACACACACACACACACACACACACACACACACACACACACACACACACACAUUUUUGACACAUUCAUAAGGAGUUGUGCCCAUUUUAAGAGAACCAUGUUUACAACAUCACUUUGUAUCUUGUAUCAUCACUAUGUCAUAUUUCAAAACUAGAGUAGUUUAAUGACUUCUUAGCUACACACAUAUAACAAAAGAACACGGCUUUGUCAAAUGCUCAAUGACAAUAUAUUGUUGUUGUAUUUGAUGUGUGUAGUUGACCCUAUUAUUCCCAAUUGGAUCUACUUUAAACAGCUGCAAUUUGCAAAGGUGUCAAACACACGCAUUUCAAUCAAGAUUCAGAUUUUUGCCUUACAAGCAGCAUGGUUCUAUAAGGGAAAUAUCUGAGAUCGAGACAAAACCCCAUGAAAUGCGGUCGAUUCUGCAUAAUAUUAUCAUCACAACCGGUAGAAACCCUCUGGACUCCAAAAGCACAAACUUAAAAACACUAAACACUUCCAACCUGGUGGUCAAAGGGUUUUCAAUCAUUUUUGGGAUCUAUAAAUUUAUAGCACACCCACCAUAUUUAUGGCAGAUCCACCAUAAUCACCGUCACCGUCCCCAUAAAGUACUUCUCGACCUUGUAGGAGUCCUUUUUAUCUUCUUCAUCUUUUCUCAUUGUUCAUCUCCAUUCACAUCCUCACUCACCUAUUUUCUUUAUUUUUUCACACGUUGUUCUUUUGCCAUUUGUCUUGCAUUAUCCAUCAUCUCUGUUUUUCUUUUCUUUACAAAAAAAGAAGAAAAAGAAUACUUGAAAUCUUUAUUCUGCAGCUUUUUUAAACAGAUUACCACCAAGAGGCUACAAACAUUUUGUUCAUUUUCAGAAGAAAUUCAUUGAAAAGUUUCAGGCCGGGGGAGUCAGGGAUUGUGCUUAAAACCGUUAAAUGCACGUCUUUCUACUUGCAUCUUAAAAAAUGAAAAAAAAAAAGAACAAAAAAAGAGAAAAAAUAAAACAGUAAAGGGAAAUCCAGAUGGUUGUUUUCUCUGAAUAAACUGUGAACAUAAAAAAAGAAAUCUCAAAAAGAAGGAGGGCCACUGUGUCCACAGUGAAGCCAUCUGUCUUGUAAAAGGAGAGUGUUGUUGUUGAUGUCACCUUUAGCAUUGUAAGAUGAACAGUGUGAAAUAAAUAUGCCCGUGCAAUGUGUAAAUAACAGCAUGAUGAUUAAUAGUUUUGCUAUAUGAUAAAAAAUAAAAGCAAUUAUUUUAUUAAAGUUCAGUUUUUUAAUGGC